GCUCGGAGUAUGUGCACUAGCAAUUGAUGGGCGACAAAGUUUUCACGAUACUGUUCGACUCGUCUAAGCACGAGCUGUUCGGCGUCAGCGAUGGCUACAAGGUGCUGCAGAGGCGACUCAAGAGCAUGUGGCAAGUCCACAGCGGAAAUACGCAGAUCACGCCCGAUGCGUUGUCCGGUGCCGAUGUCCUGGUGCUCGGCGGUCCGCGACAAAAAUUUACAGAGACGGAGUUUUCAGCGUUGCGAGAUUUCGUGACUCAAGGCGGCAGGUUGCUGGUCUUGGUCGGAGAAGGCGGGGAACGCCGCUUCCAGACCAACAUAAAUUUUCUGCUCGAAGAAUAUGGCAUCGUUGUCAACAGCGAUGCUGUCGUGAGGACAGUCUACCACAAGUAUCCACACCCAAAAGAAGCAUUGAUCUCGGACGGAAUCCUCAACAGAGCUGUGAACAGGGCUCUGGAGGAGACUGCACUUGACCCCUCCCCAACUGGUGACAACCGAGGACUAACGUUUGUCUACCCUUUUGGUGCAACACUAAAUGUUGCUAAGCCUGCAGUAGCCGUCUUGUCCACGGGGGGCUGCUGUUUUCCUGUGGCACGUCCAGUCUGCGCACUGUACGUUGGGCAGAAGGGUGUGUCUGGAAGAAUAGUGGUUCUUGGCUCAUGCCAUUUCCUCUCGGACCACUACUUGGACAAGGAAGACAACAGCAAGAUCAAGGACGUGUUGUUUCACUUCCUGACCAGCGACCAGGUGCAGCUGAAUGCGAUCGAUGCUGGAGAUCCCGAGGUAUUUGACUACAACCCCGUUCCAUCAAUGGCCACGAUUGCCGAUGCCCCCUUCUGCUGCCUGCAAGAGGGAGAGGAGCUGCCCAACGACCACAUGGAGCUGUUUCAAAAAGAGCUGUACAUCCUGGACAACUCAAUGCUCCCAGAGGUUCUCAACGCCUAUGAAGAGCUCGGUGUACCGCACGAGCCGCUGCGACUUAUAAGUCCACAGUUCGAAUGCCCGCUGCCACCACUACAACCUGCGGUCUUCCCACCAUGCUUCAGAGAACCCAGUGGGCCACCCCUCGAGUUGUUUGAUCUGGAUGAAGAGCUGAGCUCGGAGAGCCGCCGCCUGGCCCAGCUAGCGAACAAGUGCACCGACGAGGACCUGCACUAUUUCUUGCUGCAGUGCGGACAAGUGCUGGGCAUCGGCAGUGCCGUGGGCAACCCGAAGCAGAUCGUGGAGCACGUGCUCACGCGCCUCGUCGAGUUUCGAAAGCUAAAUCAGGCAGGUGCUCCGAGGAUCGAAAAAGCCUUAACAUGGAUUAAAGAAGCCUUAACAUAG